AUGCUCCAUGACACGAUAGAGGUUAACGAUGACCAAUUUGACACCGAGUGUCUCAACCUUGCAUGUCUCCAGCACAACAAUAUUGUGCAGUUGGUUGGCUAUUGUCAUGAUACUAAGCGAGAAUACAUAUGGCACGACGGAAAACUUGUUCCUGCUCACGGGACAAAGAGGGCACUUUGCUUGGAGUACAUGAAUAACGGAACCCUUGAUAAAUUUAUUUCUGAUGAAUCGAAGGUACAUGAUUGGUGCACACGUUUUUCAAUAAUCAAGGGAAUCUGCAAUGGUUUAAAAUACCUUCACAAGGAUCUGGAAUCUCCAAUGUAUCACUUGGAUUUAAAACUAGCCAAUAUAUUGCUGAAUGAGAAUAUGGUACCGAAAAUCGCAGAUUUCGGUUUGUCGCGGCUCUUUGAAGGUCAGAAGACACAAAGGACAAAGAGUAUUAUAGGAACACAAGGAUACCUACCGCCAGAAUAUCGUAAUGGGGAAAUAAUCUCAAAUAAGUUUGAUAUAUACAGCUUAGGUGUUGUAAUCAUAAAGAUAAUGACAGGACCUCGGGGCUACUUUAGUAGUGCUGAGAUACCUUCCUGGGAAUUCAUUAAGAAUGUGCACGAAAGAUGGAGGAAAAGGCUACAGGUGACAUCGGAGUAUCAGCUAGAGUCGUAUUCUAAACAAGUCAAGAGGUGCAUUGAGAUAGCUGUAAGUUGCUUGGAGACUGAUCGAAACAAAAGGCCAAGUAUAGGGGACAUCGUCCAUGAGCUGAAUAAGACAUAUACUAUGCUUCAAUUUGGUAGUGGAUUAACAAACGACCAAGGGUUAUCUUUUUCAUCAAUAGACCAGAGCCCUCGGUUGAAGAUGGCAACCAGCAGCGCCAACUGCAUGAUGCUCACAUCAAGAUCACUACGGAUUGCCAACAACCUGCCCCAGUACUGGAGAUGGAUUUCUCUGCCAGCGGAUCCCAGAUUUGCAGAAUGCGUGGAGCUCCUGAGUGUGUACUUUUUCGCCGUGAUCGGCGAGAUCCCGCCGGGGGACCUCCCCGCUGGCACAAGCUACAUAGUUUACCUUGUGUACAAGCUGGCGAACAGCACGUCCGGCCUGAGAGGCUGCGUGCAGACGUCGUCGCUCAGGCUUCACGGCGAGAGGAUCGUCCCCGGCAGCACCCGCGGGGUUAGCCUCCACCCCGAAGUGUGCGGGUCAGCCAGUGACAUUACCUACCCCGUGACAAGGGGUGACGGCUGGUUGGAGCUAAGGCUGGCCGAGUUUGAAAAUGAUGAUGAUAUGCUCGCAGAGAGGGGGGUGAUAGUAGAUCUCCGCGAGGAGAACGACGGCGUCCAGAAGAGAGGCCUCAUCAUUGGGGGCAUGGAAUUCAGGAGCAACUAG